GCCGCGGGCUGGCGGGCCGGCCAUGGAGGCGGAUGGGGCCGGCGAACAGAUGAGACCGCUACUCACCCGGGGUCCUGAUGAAGAAGCUGUUGUGGAUCUUGGCAAAACUAGCUCAACUGUAAACACCAAGUUUGAAAAAGAAGAACUAGAAAGUCACCGAGCUGUGUAUAUUGGAGUUCACGUCCCAUUUAGUAAGGAGAGUCGGCGGCGGCACAGGCAUCGUGGGCACAAACAUCACCACCGGAGAAGGAAAGAUAAAGAAUCAGAUAAGGAAGAUGGACGGGAAUCUCCUCCUUAUGAUACACCCUCCCAGAGAGUUCAGUUCAUCCUUGGUACUGAAGAUGACGAUGAAGAACACAUUCCCCACGAUCUCUUCACGGAAAUGGAUGAACUAUGUUACAGAGAUGGAGAAGAAUAUGAAUGGAAAGAAACUGCCAGAUGGCUAAAAUUUGAAGAGGAUGUUGAAGAUGGUGGUGACCGAUGGAGUAAACCUUAUGUGGCAACUCUCUCUUUGCACAGUCUUUUUGAACUGAGGAGUUGCAUCCUAAAUGGAACAGUCAUGCUAGACAUGAGAGCAAGCACUCUAGAUGAAAUAGCAGACAUGGUGUUAGACAACAUGAUCGCUUCUGGCCAGUUAGAUGAGUCCAUAAGAGAGAAUGUCAGAGAAGCUCUCCUGAAGAGGCAUCAUCACCAGAAUGAGAAAAGAUUCACCAGUCGGAUUCCUCUUGUUCGAUCUUUUGCAGAUAUAGGCAAGAAACAUUCUGACCCUCACUUGCUUGAAAGGAAUGGGGAAGGCCUUUCAGCCUCCCGCCAUUCUUUGCGAACAGGUCUCUCUGCCUCAAACCUUUCAUUGCGAGGAGAAUCGCCUUUAUCUCUUCUUCUCAGUCAUCUUCUUCCUUCUUCAAGAGGUGGAACCCCUGCAGGCUCAAGGUGUACAACCCCAGUUCCCACCCCUCAAAACAGUCCUCCUUCCAGCCCUAGCAUCAGUCGCCUGACCUCCAGAAGUUCCCAACAGAGUCAGCUUCAGGCCCCAGAACUACUGGUUUCACCUGCCAGUGAUGAUAUUCCCACAGUAGUUAUUCAUCCGCCCGAGGAAGACUUAGAAGCACUGAAAGGCCAGGAACAGAAGAAUGAGGAAAAUGUUGACUUAACUCCAGGCAUUUUGGCCUCUCCACAGUCAGCUCCUGGAAACUUGGACAAUAGUAAAAGUGGAGAAAUUAAAGGUAAUGGAAGUGGAGGAAGCAGAGAAAAUAGUACUGUUGACUUCAGCAAGGUUGACAUGAAUUUCAUGAGGAAAAUUCCUACGGGAGCUGAGGCAUCCAAUGUCCUGGUGGGAGAAGUAGACUUUUUGGAAAGACCUAUAAUUGCCUUUGUGAGACUAGCUCCCGCCGUCCUUCUCUCAGGGUUGACUGAGGUCCCUGUUCCUACGAGGUUUUUGUUUUUGUUACUGGGUCCAGCAGGCAAGGCACCACAGUACCAUGAAAUUGGCAGAUCGAUAGCCACUCUCAUGACAGAUGAGAUUUUUCAUGAUGUAGCUUAUAAAGCAAAAGACAGAAAUGACCUCUUAUCUGGAAUUGAUGAAUUUUUAGAUCAAGUAACUGUUUUGCCUCCAGGAGAGUGGGAUCCUUCCAUACGUAUAGAGCCACCCAAAAGUGUUCCUUCUCAGGAAAAGAGAAAGAUUCCAGUGUUUCCCAAUGGAUCUGCCCCUGUAUCUGGUGAGACUCCUAAGGAGGCUGCUCAUCAUGCUGGGCCUGAGCUGCAGAGGACUGGACGGCUUUUUGGUGGUUUGAUACUUGACAUCAAAAGGAAAGCACCUUUUUUCUUGAGUGACUUCAAGGAUGCAUUAAGCCUGCAGUGCCUGGCCUCGAUUCUUUUCCUAUACUGUGCCUGUAUGUCUCCUGUAAUCACUUUUGGAGGGCUGCUUGGAGAAGCUACAGAAGGCAGAAUAAGUGCAAUAGAGUCUCUCUUUGGAGCAUCAUUAACUGGGAUUGCCUAUUCAUUGUUUGCUGGGCAACCUCUAACAAUACUGGGGAGCACAGGUCCAGUUCUAGUGUUUGAAAAAAUUUUAUUUAAAUUCUGCAGAGAUUAUCACCUUUCCUAUCUGUCUUUAAGAACCAGUAUUGGUCUGUGGACUUCUUUCUUGUGCAUUGUUUUGGUUGCAACAGAUGCGAGCAGCCUUGUGUGUUACAUCACUCGGUUUACAGAAGAGGCUUUUGCAGCUCUCAUUUGCAUCAUAUUCAUCUAUGAAGCUUUGGAGAAGCUUUUUCAUUUAGGAGAAAUAUAUGCAUUUAAUAUGCACAACAACUUAAAUAAACUGACCAGCUACUCAUGUGUAUGUAUUGAACCUCCUGACCCUAGUAAUGAAACUCUAGAGCUAUGGAAGAAAGAGAAUAUAACAGCACACAGUAUUUCCUGGGGAAAUCUCACUGUUUCUGAAUGUAAAACCUUUCAUGGUGCAUUUGUAGGAUCAGCUUGUAGUCCUCAUGGACCUUAUAUUCCAGAUGUGCUCUUUUGGUGUGUCAUCUUAUUUUUCACAACAUUUUUUCUGUCUUCAUUCCUCAAGCAAUUUAAGACCAAGCGUUAUUUUCCUACCAAGGUGCGAUCGACAAUCAGUGACUUUGCCGUAUUUCUCACAAUAGUAAUAAUGGUUGCAGUUGACUACCUUGUAGGAGUUCCAUCUCCUAAACUUCAUGUUCCUGAAAAAUUUGAGCCUACUGAUCCAAAUAGGGGCUGGAUCAUAAGCCCAUUGGGAGAUAAUCCUUGGUGGACCUUAUUAAUAGCUGCUAUUCCAGCCCUGCUCUGUACCAUUCUCAUCUUUAUGGAUCAACAAAUUACAGCUGUCAUCAUAAACAGAAAGGAGCACAAAUUGAAGAAAGGAGCUGGCUACCACCUUGAUUUGCUCAUGGUUGGUGUUAUGUUGGGAGUUUGCUCUGUCAUGGGACUUCCAUGGUUUGUGGCUGCAACGGUGUUGUCAAUAAGUCAUGUCAACAGCUUGAAAGUUGAAUCUGAAUGUUCUGCUCCAGGGGAACAACCCAAGUUUUUGGGAAUUCGUGAACAGCGAGUUACAGGACUAAUGAUUUUUAUUCUAAUGGGCCUCUCUGUGUUCAUGACUUCAGUACUAAAGUUUAUUCCAAUGCCUGUUCUAUAUGGUGUUUUCCUUUAUAUGGGAGUUUCCUCAUUGAAAGGAAUUCAGUUUUUUGACCGUAUAAAGUUAUUUGGAAUGCCUGCCAAGCAUCAGCCUGAUUUGAUCUACCUCCGCUAUGUGCCUCUCUGGAAGGUCCAUAUUUUCACAGUCAUUCAGCUUACUUGUCUGGUUCUUUUAUGGGUGAUAAAGGCUUCAGCUGCCGCGGUAGUUUUUCCCAUGAUGGUUCUGGCAUUGGUGUUUGUACGCAAGCUCAUGGACCUGUGUUUCACAAAGAGAGAACUUAGUUGGCUUGAUGAUCUCAUGCCAGAAAGUAAGAAAAAGAAAGAAGAUGACAAAAAGAAAAAAGAAAAAGAGGAAGCUGAACGAAUGCUUCAGGAUGAUGACGACACUGUGCACCUUCCAUUUGAAGGAGGAAGUCUCCUGCAAAUUCCAGUCAAGGCCCUAAAAUACAGUGUUGAUCCCUCAGUUGUUAAUAUAUCAGAUGAAAUGGCCAAAACUGCACAGUGGAAGGCACUUUCCAUGAAUACUGAGAAUGCCAAAGUAACCAGAUCUAACACGAGUCCAGAAAAACCUGUGAGUGUGACAAUAAAUUUUGAAGAUGAACCGUCAAAGAAAUACAUGGAUGCUGAAACUUCGUUAUAGAAUUAAACCAACAGGAAUUAUAUAUAGAUAUAUAUAUAUCUCUAUAUAUAAUGUGUGUGUAUGUGUGUGUGUGUGUGUGUGUGUGUAUGUCAUGUCACUAUAUAUAACAAUAUUGUAUGUCAUGCUAUUUAUGCAUGACCAUUGGGUUUUUUGAAGUGGAAUCUGAAGUUUGUAAUAGGCACCAUGGAUAUUGUGUGUAAUAAUGAAAUGGUCUCUUGGAAGUGAGGUACAUGGUUCUUAUUCAAAUAUUUAUUCUGUUGGGGGAAAGUUUUUCUGUUCCGCAAUAGAAAGACGUGGGGAAAUGCAUUCAAUCUGCUUUUCUUAAAUCUCUUUGUUCACAGCAGCAAUUCAUAUCAACCUCAAGUGAUACGUACUUAGUCCAUAUAUUUAUAAUUUUUACUUGAGUUUCUAAAAAUUUUCAGACUAUUUCACUUUUGUUAGUGCUUUAUAGGAAGAACAGGGUGUAUGCCCAUGCUAUGAUAAAGUACUGUGCCAUGGCUUCUCCGUGCAUUUCAUUUAUGUAGAGUCCAUCAUGUAUCACAAGUGAUGGAAUUUUCUUGACCAUAGAGGUCAAGCGGGAACUUUCUAGAAAGGAAACUAUAGUUUUUAACCUUUAUAUUUUAGGAAUUUUUUUUAAAGCUUAAAAUUUAAUAUCUAGGGUUCCUUUCUGACAGUCAAGUAAAAUUGCAAAUGAUUUGUAAUAGCACCUGCACCAUUGGUAACUUCAUGAAUUUUAGAAACUAUAAAAUACCAGUUUGCAGUAAUUAAAUUUUGCUACCUUUGUAGAAAUUAUUUUCUGAAUAGCUGUACUUUUUAAAAAUUCACAAUUUCCACUCUAUUCUUUACCAUUGCUCUCUUAAAGUAGUUUAGUUUGUAUCAGGUUCAAGUUCUUGCUUAUAAGUAGUAUGAUUAAAUAAUCAGGAGUCAGAAUUCUCUGGAAUGGGUUUGUGAUCAGUAUUAAUUAUUAAGGCUGACCUUUUACUUUCUGUUAUUCUUUCUAUUGCAUAGAUUGUAUUUAAUAGGUGGUUAAACACAAUUUCAUUUAAAAAUAUUUUAUUUAUUUUAAUUGAUACGAUACUUAAAUAUUAUAAAAACAUUUGAAAAGGUAAUACAUAGAGAGUAAAUCAUUAAUGUAAAUACUUGGUGCUCACUUGCAUUUAUGUUUAUUAUCUAAAAACAGUUGACAGAUUUUACAUCUUUGAUAUAAAGCACUGCCAUAUUUCUAUUUUAAAAGGAAAUUAGACAUUUUAUGUAUAGCUCAGAUUGAUGGCAUUCUUCCUAUUUUGUGUUAGUGUUUGUUACUUAGUUUUUCUGAGCUGCCUUUUUAACUUCUAGAAAGUUGUUUUAGCUAUCUUUUAUAUACUCUUAGCUCCACACAAAAUAAAUAAAUGUUUUUCUUGUGAAGCCUGUAGGACUGGAUGAAUGGGGUUGUGAAACUGAUUUGGCAAGAGAAUAAUUUACAAAAUCCAAGUAAAUAUUGAGAAGCCAUAGAAAUACUGAAGAUGGUGACAUGAAUAUUAGGAUGAAAAAUUUAAUGUAAUUCCAAUGUUCCCUUUAUUCAUUUAUAAUGAAAGUAUAAAAGUAUGAGUAAUUGAUCUUAUAGAAGAUCAUGAGAAAUGCCAAAAGCUGGUAUUUUAGCAAUUCUGAGGUGUUUAGAUCCAUUCUGAACUAAAUAAUAACUAUUGUAAUUUCCCCAUCUGAGACUGUUUUGUCAGAGUUUAUAAUAGAUUCAACUUCUGCCUCAGAUGAGAUGUUGGAAAUCUAGCUGCUUUUUCUUUAGAAAUUGUAGAUGGCAUCAUUUGGUACUGCCUAAAAAGAGUUUUAGACUCUUGGCAAUUGAUGGAGAGUAUUACCCAUGGUGCUGAUUAUUGUUAUGAGCUUCCAUUUCAGUGGUUCCUUUCCAUUCAUAGCAGCAUAGUCAUUUCCAAAGUCCCGGUAUCUGCUGCUAUUUUUAAAAAUACCCUGAUGUAUCUAAACUAGAGGAUUUCCUCACAUCAUUUCCUUGUGUUUGGACAUCAAAGGGUUAGCAACUGUACUUAUUUUACAGGAAGUGAUUUUAAAAUUUAAACUGAAAACUACCUGGGAUAUAGUGUUUCUGUGAUUUUAUUUAAUUAUGUAUAGUAAUUGUCCAGUGCCAGAAAAACCAUGACUUGCAAAAUUCUCUGUGUUCAAAAUAUUUUAAGGUGUUUCUGAUUCCUUAUUGGUUUCUGCUUGCUUUUGACUACUUGACUUGCAAAAUGAUAUGAUAUGACUACUCCUCCAUUGAAGAUCGAAGGUAAACUCAUGUUUAAGUAAUUGACUGCUUGUUUUAAGUGGUUAUGGUAUUUCUUCCACUUUUUGAAAAUUACAAUCAUGGAUAGCAUUCAUUGUAAGACAGUGAAAGAUAUAAUUUACUAUAUAUAUUGAUUUUUAAAUGUUGCCUUAAAUAGGUGUAUAUGAGCAGUGCUAAUUGCUAUGUACUGAUUUACCUCAAGGUGCAAAAUAGUUAAACCUGUACAUAUUCCAUUUACAAAAUAAAUUCAAAUAAACAGCCCUGCACUUUCUUAGAUGCCUUGAUUUUCAGAAUAGAGCUUAGUGCUACUGAAUACCCUGGCCAUAGAGCCGCCUCAGGAUAUUCUUUUCUCCACCAUAUUUUUAUUUAUUUAUAGAUGUCUGUUUACAAAGACUAUAAUAAAUUCUGAUGUUGACCAUUUGAAAUUUACUUUCUUCUGAUGGCUGUUUCAAUCUAAAAUAGCAGCUUUUGAGAAAACAAUGAACUAAACUUCCUUAUGAUAAAAGGAUGAUUCUAUAUAUUUUUUAAUAAUACUAGGUAUGUCGAAAUGAAGCACAGUCUUUCAAAAGUGUAUUGAGUGAGUGUGUUGUGUGUAUGUGUGUGAUAUUAUCAAUCUUAAAUCUCUUAGGUUGUUUAAAGAUAUGGCGUACCAAUGUUCAUAUUUGCCAAGUCUUCUGUAAAACAUGUAGGAUAUAAUUUUUAUGUGCUAAUGCAUGUAUUUAUAAAGAUUUGUUUACCACUCAGACUUAAUAACUUUUGUUUUCUACAUCCAAAAAACAUUUCUGUUUCUUCCACAUACUCUGUGUGAAUAAAAUAGCUUUCUAACUUUUUCCUUUCACAAAGGCAGGUUCAAAAUUCUGUAAGAAGAAAAAUGGUCUCUGAAAUUGAGGUAUACCACCAGAGCUUGCUAGUUAGAGGAUUAUGUCAUGUACAUGAGUUCUGUAAAUGUGCUCAACAGUUGGUGAAUCCUGUUUUUAAAGUGCUCAGAUUUUGGAUAUGUAAGCCAUGGAUAUAACAUUGUAAUUCAAAAUGUUUAUAUUAAAUAGCAAUAUUUUAAAUUUAUUUAUGUAGAUCACAUCAUUGUUAUCUUAUGCAGUGCAAAUAUGUGAAAUGCCCUGUUGUUUAUUCCAACAAUUAUUUAUUUUUAGAAAGUAAAUUUAAAAAGACUUUAAAGACAUUCAAGGUUUAAAGUGGUGUUCAAAUUUUAAGAUUUGGCAAUUUUAAUGGAAAGUCUCUUUUCCAACUUUAGAAAGUAAAAUAAGUGUCAAUUACAGGAAAACAGUUGGAAAUGGAAUCAUCUAAAGAUUAUCUUUAAAAUUAAGUUUAAUUAGCUCAUAUUUAGAGUACUUAUUAAGCCCCAGUUUUUUUUUAAUCAUAAUUUUUUGCACAUUGAUUGGUUUUUGUGCUGUGGCUUUUGUUGCUUUAUCAAAGUUUUUGUUUUUGCAGAAGGGAGGGCAUCUUCCAGUGUUUACUACAUUUAAAAAUUGAAUUUUAUUGUUCAUUUGUGUAAUAUUUGAUACCUUGGUGUAAUUUCACAGUACAGUUAACAAUUUUUAUGACUUUUAUAAUUACAGUGAUAUUUUCUUUUAUAAUAAAAUCCAAAGUAAAUUAAACAUUAAAUUGUAGAACUGUUAUAUUUCAUUUUUAUGAAGUACAAGUCUCUACCCAAGUCUAUAAUGUGAAUGAUCCUGCCUUUCAAAUUUGUUUCAUAAUUGUUAGAAGAAAACUAUUUUUUUGUAGAUGUUACUGAAGUUGAAAGAGCAAUAAAAGUCUACUUAAUUA